UAAAAAAGAUGAAAAUAUGUUAAUAAUGAAGCAGCUUCGUCUCGAUUUCAUGCACGGUUUCAGCCAGAUCCUAUACACCUUCGAUAUCAAAGCUUCAUUGCUUCUUCUUCUUCCUCCAGUUCUCCUUCCUCUGCAUUUCCAUGUGCAUUGUUGUGAUUUCUAGGAUUCGUACUCUGAUCUUUGUUCUUUAGCUGGUUUGCUUUCUGGGUUCCUUUCUCAUGAACCGACCGUGUCAAUGUAGCGAUCUUCUUUAUGUUAGACUCGGACGAAGAUCAGACUCCGCGAACGGAACGAAAUCACGGGGAGACUGGGAAACGAAUCACUGCGAUUGGAGAUUCAUUGAAAGUUCUCCAAUGGGGCUGUGAAGUUGAUGCAAGCUAAGCGAGUAUGGUCAAAGAAGGGAAGGCAGGCACUCCUGCCAAGCUAAUAGUUGAUGCUCUGCUUCAGCGGUUCCUCCCUCUCGCUCGACGUCGAAUCGAAACCACUCAAGCUCAGGAUGGACAAUAUCUUCGACCAUCAGACCCUGCCUAUGAGCAAGUACUGGAUUCCUUGGCAAUGGUUGCCACACACACACCUGUACCACUUUUAGAGGCACUUCUUCGAUGGAGAGAAAGCGAAUCUCCAAAGGGUGCAAAUAACACAUCUACUUUCCAAAGAAAGCUUGCAGUUGAGUGCAUAUUUUGCUCAGCAUGUAUUCGCUUUGUGGAGUGCUGCCCUCAGGAAGAACUCACUGAGAAGCUUUGGUCUGGGCUUGAAAACUUCGUUUUUGAUUGGCUAAUUAAUGCUGACAGGGUCGUUAGCCAGGUGGAAUAUCCCUCAUUAGUCGAUUUGCGAGGGCUUCUUUUGGAUCUUGUUGCACAGCUGUUAGGUGCUUUGUCUCGCAUCAGGUUUAAUUCUGUGACUGAACGCUUCUUCAUGGAACUCAAUACUCGUCGGAUAGACACUAGUGUUUUACGAAGUGAAACUCUUAGUAUAAUCAACGGGAUGCGCUACCUUAAGCUUGGGGUUAAGACCGAGGGUGGCUUGAACGCAUCUGCAUCUUUUUUGGCUAAAGCCAACCCUCUUAAUCGUGCUCCACAUAAGCGCAAAAGCGAGCUUCACCAUGCCCUCUGCAAUAUGCUUUCAAACAUCCUUGCACCUCUGGCAGAUGGAGGGAAGGGCCAAUGGUCGCCUUCUGGUGUUGAACGUUCACUAAAUUUAUGGUAUGAAGCUGUUGGACGAAUUCGAGCACAACUGAUGCAUUGGAUGGAUAAACAGAGCAAACACAUUAAUGUUGGUUAUCCGUUGGUCACUCUUCUUCUCUGUCUUGGUGAUCCUCAAAUAUUUCACAACAACCUAAGCCCCCAUAUGGAGUAUCUCUACAAGCUCCUUAGAGACAAGAAUCAUCGAUUUAUGGCCUUGGACUGUCUUCAUCGGGUUUUAAGGUUUUACUUGAGUGUUCAUGCAGCUAAUCAGGCCCCAAAUCGCAUAUGGGACUACUUAGACAGUGUGACUUCGCAAAUUCUUACCGUUAUAAAGAAAGGAUUGCUUACUCAAGAUGUUCAACAUGAUAAACUAGUUGAGUUUUGUGUGACUAUUUCGGAACAUAGUAUUGAUUUUGCAAUGAACCACUUGUUAUUGGAAUUAUUAAAACAAGAGAGUUCUGGUGAGGGAAAAGUUAUUGGUCUUCGUGUUCUCCUUGCCAUUGUUACAUCUCCUUCAGGCCAGCAAAUUGGCUCGGAUAUAUUUAAAGGUCAUGAUAUUAGCCACUAUGUUCCAAAGGUGAGGGCAGCAAUUGAAUUAAUUUUAAGGUCGUGUCAUAGAACCUACCGUCGGGCUCUUCUAACUUCUUCAAGGAACAACAUCGAUUCUGUGACAAAGGAGAAGUCCCAAGGAUAUCUUUUCCAGUCAGUCCUGAAGUGUAUACCAUAUUUGAUCGAAGAAGUUGGAAGGAGUGAUAAAAUAACUGAUAUAAUACCUCAGCAUGGAAUUAGUAUUGAUCCUGGUGUUCGAGAAGAAGCAGUCCAGGUACUGAACAGGAUAGUAAGAUAUCUUCCUCAUCGUCGCUUUGCUGUAAUGCGAGGGAUGGCUAACUUCAUCCUACGGCUUCCUGAUGAAUGUUCACUUCUUAUACAAACAUCAUUGGGGCGCUUGCUGGAACUUAUGCGAUUUUGGAGAGCUUGUUUGAUUGAGGACUGUCUGGAAAAUGAGGCCAAUGAUGAGAAGCGUACAGUUCAAAGAACUGAAGGGUUCAAGAAACCAUCAUUUCUUCAUCAGUCAGGAGAAUCAAUUGAAUUUCGUGCUUCAGAGAUGGAUGCAGUUGGUUUGAUCUUCCUUAGUUCUGUGGAUGGUCAAGCUAGGCAUACAGCGUUGGAGUUAUUGCGCUGUGUGCGUGCCUUGCGGAAUGACAUUCGAGACCUUGCAAUACUUGACCAACCAGAUUAUACUUUUAAAUAUGAUGCUGAGCCAAUAUUUAUUAUAGAUGUAGUAGAGGAGCAUGGGGAUGACAUUGUUCAAAACUGUUACUGGGAUUCAGGGCAUCCGUUUGAUUUGAAGCGAGAAUGUGAUGCAAUCCCUCCAGAUGUUACUCUUCAGUCCAUAGUAUUUGAAAGCCUUGACAAGAACAGAUGGGCACGUUGUCUCAGUGAGUUGGUUAAGUUUGCUUCUGAGGUAUGCCCAACUUCUGUUCAGGAAGCAAGGGUUGAGGUUUUGCAACGUCUUGCUCAUGUCACACCAGUUGAUUUAGGUGGAAAGGCCCAUCAAUCCCAAGAUUCAGACAACAAAUUGGAUCAGUGGCUAAUGUAUGCUAUGUUCUUAUGUUCAUGCCCCCCAAAUCCCAAAGAAAGUCCUGCCUCAGGAAAGGCCAAAGAACUUUAUCACUUUAUUUUCCCUUCAAUAAAGUCUGGAUCAGAACCGCGCGUGAAUGCAGCCACCAUGGCUCUUGGACACUCGCAUUUUGAAGCUUGUGAAUUAAUGUUCAGUGAGCUCGCAUCUUUUACCAACGAAGUUUCCCAGGAGACUGAGGGAAAGCCAAAAUGGAAGAGCCAAAAACCACGACGUGAGGAGCUUCGUAUUCAUAUUGCAAAUAUUUACCGUACUGUUGCAGAUAAAAUUUGGCCUGGCAUGCUGGCACGUAAAUCAGUUUUUCGUCGCCAUUAUCUCAAGUUUAUCGAUGAGACAACCAAACAAAUUUUAACAGCACCGUCGGACAGCUUUCAGGAAAUGCAACCUCUUAGAUAUUCACUUGCUUCUGUUCUGAGAUCUCUAGCCCCAGAAUUUGUUGAGACAAAGUCAGAGAAAUUUGACCUUAGAACUAGAAAGCGGCUAUUUGACCUUCUACUCUCUUGGUCUGAUGAUACAGGUGGUUCAUGGGGCCAGGAUGGUCUAAGCGAUUAUAGACGAGAAGUAGAACAUUACAAAUCUUCUCAGCAUGCUCGGUCGAAAGAAUCUGUCGAUAAGAAUCCAUUGGAUAAAGAUCUUAGUGAACAAAUUGAAGUAAUCUGGGCUUCCAUGACUGCUAUGGCUUCACUCUUGUAUGGGCCCUGCUUCGAUGAUAAUGCUAGGAAAAUGAGUGGCAGGGUCAUUUCUUGGAUAAAUAGUCUGUUUAUUGAACCUGCACUCAGGGCUCCUUUUGGUUAUUCACCGGCUGAUCCUAGAACUCCAUCUUACCCCAAGUCCGUAGAAGGCGGCCGUGGCACUGCUGGUCGUGAUAGGCAAAAGGGGGUUAACAAUCGUGUUUCGUUAGCAAAAUUGGCUUUGAAGAAUCUCCUCAUUACAAAUUUGGACCUGUUUCCUGCUUGCAUUGAUCAGUGCUACUACUCCGAUGCUGGCAUAGCUGAUGGUUACUUCAGCGUGCUGGCAGAGGUUUAUAUGCGUCAAGAGAUACCAGAAUGUGAAAUCCAAAGGCUUUUGAGCUUAAUUCUAUACAAGGUGGUGGACCCUAGUAGACAAAUUCGUGAUGAUGCUCUUCAGAUGCUUGAGACUCUUUCUGUUCGUACGUGGGCUGUAAAUGGCAUGGAGGGACCAGGGAGUUAUAGAGCAGCCGUUGUUGGUAACCUUCCUGAUUCAUACCAACAGUUUCAGUAUAAGCUCUCUUGUAAACUCGCUAAAGAUCACCCUGGAUUGAGUCAACUGCUUUGUGAGGAGAUAAUGCAAAGGCAACUUGAUGCAGUUGAUGUCAUAGCUCAACAUCAGGUUCUUACGUGCAUGGCUCCAUGGAUUGAGAACCUUAAUUUCUGGAAACUAAAGGACUCAGGUUGGAGUGAUAGACUUCUUAAAAGCCUUUAUUAUGUCACAUGGCGACAUGGGGAUCAGUUUCCUGAUGAAAUCGAAAAGCUCUGGAGCACGAUUGCUAGCAAACCGAGGAACGUAAGUCCAGUUCUGGAUUUCUUAAUCACGAAAGGAAUUGAAGAUUGUGAUUCCAAUGCAUCUGCAGAAAUAAGUGGUGCUUUUGCCACAUAUUUCUCAGUUGCAAAGCGGGUGAGUUUGUACUUAGCACGGAUUUGUCCUCAGCGUACUAUUGAUCACCUGGUCUACCAAUUGGCGCAGCGCAUGCUGGAAGACAGCAUCGAGCCAGUUGGUGUCGGUUUCAAGGGGGAUUUAAGUGGGAACUUUGUAUUGGAAUUCUCUCAGGGGCCUCUAGUUGCCCAAGUUACUUCUGUUGUAGACAGCCAACCACACAUGUCACCACUACUUGUACGUGGAUCCCUUGAUGGUCCGAGAAAUACUAGUGGGAACUUAAACUGGAAAACAGCUGGUGUAACAGGCCGAAGUGGAUCUGGCCCUCUAAGUUCAAUGUCUCCUGAGUUGAACAUUCCUCCAGUAAAUAUAGCGCGUUCAGGCCAACUAAUUCCAGGUUUAGUAAACAUGUCCGGUCCUUUGAAGGGUGUUAGAAGUUCUACUGGAAGUAUACGAAGUCGGCAUGUUUCCAGGGACAAUGUUGACUAUCUCCUUGACAUGCCAAGCUCUGGUGAAGAUGGGCUUCAUUCUGGGGUUCCUGUCCAUGGGGUGAAUGCUAAAGAACUACGUUCUGCGCUACAGUGUCAUCAACAACAUUCUCUGACACAUGCAGACAUCGCAUUGAUCCUCCUCGCUGAAAUUGCGUAUGAGAACGAUGAAGAUUUCCGCGAGCACUUGCCGUUGCUUUUCCAUGUCACCUUUGUUUCUCUGGAUAGUUCGGAAGACAUUGUGUUAGAACAUUGCCAGCAAUUGCUUGUUAAUUUACUAUAUUCACUUGCAGGUCGUCACUUGGAACUUUAUGAAGUUGAAAACAUUGAUGGAGAGAAUAGGCAACAGGUUGUCAGCCUGAUCAAGUAUGUUCAGUCAAAGCGUGGAAGCAUGAUGUGGGAGAACGAAGACCCGUCGGUUGUGAGGGCCGAGCUUCCUAGUGCAGUACUUCUCUCUGCUCUGGUUCUGAGCAUGGUGGAUGCCAUCUUCUUCCAAAGUGAUUUACGUGAGACGUGGGGAUUGGAGGCACUGAAAUGGGCCAUGGAAUGUACAUCACGACACCUUGCUUGUCGCUCACACCAGAUAUACCGUGCAUUACGACCGAGUGUUACAAGUGAUACUUGUGUGUCUCUCCUUCGUUGCCUACAUAGAUGUCUGGGAAAUCCGGUACCCCCGGUAUUGGGGUUCAUUAUGGAAAUCCUGUUAACCUUGCAGGUAAUGGUAGAGAACAUGGAGCCUGAAAAGAUGAUACUCUAUCCUCAACUCUUCUGGGGGUGCGUGGCUAUGAUGCACACAGAUUUUGUCCAUGUAUACUGCCAGGUUCUCGAGCUCUUCUCUCGAGUGAUGGAUCGUUUAUCAUUCUGGGACAAAACAACUGAAAACGUACUCCUUUCAAGCAUGCCUCGAGAUGGAUUUGAUACUAAUAACGUCAUUGGAGACUUCCAACGGAUUGAUACUAGAAUGGGCUAUGAGAAGCCUCCAUCCACUGGGAAUCUUCCAACGUUUGAAGGUGUUCAGCCUCUUGUACUUAAAGGGCUAAUGUCAACUGUUAGUCAUGGUGUCUCAAUAGAGGUUCUUUUACGGAUUACAGUGCACUCAUGUGAUUCCAUAUUCGGCGAUGCAGAAACGAGACUUCUGAUGCACAUCACAGGCUUAGUUCCAUGGCUCUGCUUGCAGCUCAGUAAGGAUCCACUGAAAGGACCAACUUCACCACUCCAGCAACAACAUAAAAAAGCAUGCUCAGUUGCAUCCAAUAUUUCUAUCUGGUGUCGAGCCAAAUCACUCGACGAAUUAGCCAAUGUUUUCAUGGCGUACUCUCGAGGCGAGAUCAAGAGUAUUGAAACCCUUCUUGCUUGUGUCUCCCCUUUACUCUGCAACGAGUGGUUUCCACAGUACUCGGCGCUGGCUUUCGGGCACUUGCUACGCUUACUGGAGAAAGGGCCAGUCGAAUACCAGCGUGUAAUACUGCUCAUGCUGAAAGCAUUACUCCGGCAUACUCCUGUGGAUGCUUCCCAAAGUCCACAAAUGUAUGCAAUCGUCUCACAGUUGGUGGAGAGCACAUUGUGCUGGGAGGCAUUGAGUGUGUUAGAAGCUCUUCUACGGAGUUGUAGUUCAAUGACAAAUCCACACCCAUAUGAACCAGAGUCCUUUGAAAAUGGACUGAGUGGAGUGAUGGACAAGAUUUUGGCUCCUCAGACAUCGUUCAAGGCUCCCUUACAACAUGGUUUUUUAUCAACGCCUGGAUCAAAUGAAUCAGGAGCCUCAGCAAGAGAGGUGGCUCUGCAGAAUACACGGCUUAUUCUUGGGCGGGUUCUUGAUACCUGCGUACUGGGAAAGCGGAGAGACUACAGAAGGCUGGUUCCUUUCGUUACCAGUAUUGGGAAUUCUUAACUUGACUCUCUGUGAGUAAUUUCUUGUUGUGUAAAUGCAAUGUAUAUACACAUCAAGAGCAGUUUUGUAGGUAGUCUUCAUUCAUAUUCUCAGUACUGGUAACCAUUCAUAUUCAAGCUUGGUAACCAUAACUAUAUUUUCUUACGAAUCAUUGAGACCCCACAGUGGU